CGAAGAAAUCAAGGCAGCCCAAACUUAUAUUCUACUAAAUUGUGUAGAGGUUGAGCCAUUUGUAAGUAUGUACAUACAACGGUUGCAAGAAGAAUUCCCCAACCUAUCUCAGGAUCAAAUAAAUGAGAGUCUCGAAACGUGGUUUGCUAUAUGGUUCAAAGAAUAUGUCCGAUGCAACCAUAUUGAGAACCAAUUCUUGCGUAGUCUUGCUCAUGGACCAUUAAUAAGCACAAAAUGUUAUCCGGUGUAUUUUGUUAAUGGAUACAAAUUUCACACGGAAUGUCAUGGUAGUGCAAGAUCAAUAAUUAAUAGUGGAGUUUGUAUCUCGGAUACAAAUAUUGGUGACUAUUAUGGACAGAUACAAGAGAUUAUACAAUUGGAAUACCACGAAGAACCUUUAAAGAAAACUGUGUUAUUCAAGUGGGAAUGGUUUGAUCCAACUGUGAAUGUUGGUGUCAAAGAGCACAACCAAUACAAACUAGUCGAUGUGAACCAUCACCAUCGUUUUAACAAGUACGAACCUUUUAUUCUUGCGAUGCAAGCAACUCAAGUGUGUUAUGUGCCUUAUCCUAGCACGAAAAAGGACAAGGAUGAUUGGGUAGCUGUUUUGAAAGUUAAACCUCGGGAUGUUAUUGAACUUCCUGAUGAGGCAAUAACAUCAACUCCAGAACCGACUCUUCCAUUCCAAGUUGAAGAAGUUAAAGCCCAUUUGAUAGAUAUGAAUUUCACCACUGAUGAGAAUAUAAUAUUUAUUGAUCCAAAUGGGGAUGUAAUUGAAAUGGUUGAACCCAUUAAUGAUGAACUAUUGAUAGAGAAUCCAAAGUUCGAAAAAGAAUCUUCAGAAGACGAGUGUGAAACUGAGGAUGAAAAUAAGGAGGAUGAUGAGGAAGAGUUUGAAGAAGAAACAGAUGAUGACUAGUGUGUUGAUAAUGCACUAGUAUAUUUUUUUUGAAUUUUAUUUUUCUAGUAAUCUGUGUGGUAUGUUAUAAGUUAUGUAUCUAUUUUGUAGUAUAAUCUAUAGAGAAUCGAAUCGAAUAUCACGUUUGUAUUAAUCUAAAUGGUAUAGUACUCUUCUAGCUUACGUUGUGUUGUGCCUCUUUUUACAUUAGUCUGACUUUUUUUUGUAGCAGUAGAAUAAUAUUUAUUAUCAACUUAAUAGUGUUACCUGAUUAAUCUAUCUAAAUUCAGAAUUAAUUGGAGCCAAGAUUGUUGUAUUUUGGUCUAAAGAAGUUAUCAAAUUCAACAAUAUAUUCAGAGAGUUACUUCCUCCGUUGGCUCAUGUGUUUAAACUGGUUGUCAUUACAUGAAAAUACGUGAUAUUUUAGACAAGGAAAGGCUUAGUCAUUUUACUGAAUAGUAAUAACAACAUAUUGAGAAGCAUGUAUUUUUCUGCUUUGUGUUGCUUCAAUACUGGAUUCUUUUAAUGAAUCUACCUUUGUUUCUUUGCUGCUAAAAUGAGCUAAAGAAGCAAGCUUAUUAAUAGAAUCAGCAAUUUGUUCGACACAAAUGACGAUAUCGGUUGGUAUUGAUGCAACUGCAGCCACUGGUAUGACUUCUAGUAAGUUAAUAUCUUCCCAGAAACCUGAUAUGACAAGUGAUUUCAGGUUCUUGACUGCAGUUUUGGCGUUUGAGACAUGUUUAUUAGCCGACAAGAGAGAAGUCAUUGUUUUUAUUGAACGUGCUAGUUCUUUUAGUUCUUUCCCAGAUUCUAUGCUCAUUUUUGUUAUUGUUUCCUUGAUCAUUCCCUUGAUCUCUUCAGGCGCCUGCAAUGGAGUAUGGUAGCUUAUGUUAGUUCAAAUAUAAGAGUUUAACUUAGCUUCUAUGUGGUGAUACGUUACACUAUCACUUGACAUAGCAAGGGAUCUAAUUUAUGAAAUCUGACAAACUUGUAAAAUUAAAAUACUAACUGAGUUUUAAAUGCAACUGCUCUUUUGAUGGAAUUUAUGGGAAAGAUUGAGAUUCACUUUCAAUAUGCUGCUAUACAAAGUUUCAGUAGUCUCAUUUCGAACUACAUCGAGAUGGAGAACUAGAUCCUCUUGAUGUAUAGCCAAAACUGUGAAUAUGGACAUCUUAAUCAUUCAUCUGCUUCUUAAUGCGACAUGUUACUUACUCAUACGUUUUUCACAUCAGUUGGUCGGAUAAAUGGUUUUUGCUUGAAUUUUUUGUAACUUAGCUUCUGCUUGUUUGAAUUUUUAGAGACUAUACUGCUCAAGUUAUGUUGGAGCAUCCCAUUGCAGGCCAAGAAAAGGAGCAAUUGGAAAUAUGCCUCGAGGUAGAGGUCGAGGUAGCGCAGGCCGUGUAGGUAAAUCUUCAGUUAGGGGUAAUUUUGCUACUCGUGAAAUUAUGCCUACUUUUCUCAUUCCUACAAUCAAUCCUCAACAAAGUGGUACGAGUUCCUCAGGUGGACCGGAUCACAUCAAUUAAGUUCAAACAUUAGGUCCUAGUAGUAUGCCACCAGUUCAAACAUCAGGCCAUGGUAGUACCCCAACUAUUAAUUUGGAACCAUCUCCAAAUACCCCUAAUCAGAGCAACACAAUAGGCGAGGGUACAUCUUCUCAAAGCAACAUAAUAGGCGAAACUGAGUGUAGCAAUACCCGCCGACCGUGAACACUUAUUGCUAUUUCUCCUACAGGGCUAUUAAAAAGGGUCGAGAUCCAACACCAAGUGAGUUGCAUUUGCACGUCCAUACUCAGGGUAAUGAUGAAAAAUCUUUUGUUGCUGAGAAAUCCUGAAUCGUACAUGAAAAAUAUCAGUAGAUAUUACAACAACAAACACAAACUCAAUCUGAUAUUGAUCAGUGUAAAGCAUAUUAUCAAGCCGCCGGAGGAGAAAAGAAAAGAAGAGUAUAUGGCCUUGGAUCGCAAGUAAAAUGCUACUACGGGCCAAAUCUUCUUGGCUUUCUUGGAUCUGAUGCUAUAUCGUCAACAACACGUCCAAAUUCUCAAUAAACACCGAUAGGGAAUCUGGAUGAGUUAGUGAUGCGAUUGAUUCGUGCACUGACAGAUCAUAUAGUUCCUGUAAUCGUUGAGCGGGUACGCAAAUUAGUUUCCUUACCCUCGCAUCAUCCAAAUACUAAUAUAGCACCUAUAGUUCCAACAUCUUCUACUGCUAAUAUUGAUGAGGUUCAUGCAUUGGGUUCUGAUGAUGACCGUAACUCUCCAGCCUAAUAUAGUUACCUUACUUUGUUUGGACAUUAUUGUUCGUCCUUGUGGAUUUUUUGUACUUAAUGAUACUGUUAUAUGCAUUAUGCUAUAUAUUUUGGACCUUGUUGAA